CUGACUGGACGUCAUCUUAUUAACUACUACUGAAACAGGUUCUAAACGUUUUAAAACUGAAGCAUUUUAAAAUUUUAAAUAAAAAAUAGAACUAAACAAAAUCCAUCUGUAUUUUAUCAAGUUUCAAAAUUUCGCAGGACGGUUAAAUUUAGAGGAAUGACUCGCCCUUUCAACGUUUUAGAAUAAAUUUAAGUUCUAUUUUCUAAACCCAGCAUUUGCAAUUAAACAAACGGUUCUUCUAAGCAGGCAACACCUCACAUGUCAAUUAUGGACAGAGAGGAAAUUGGAACUUUAUGGAAAGGACUAUAUAUUGCGGUGUUUAAUUCUUUUGCUUUCAAUGCUAGUGUUGCAAAACCUUCCCCGUGCACUGUUUUCUGGGUUGACCUUGUUUUGUACCAUUUGAUUCGGUGUUUCAACCCUUAAAAAUCUAUACCAACAAUAACACUAAAUUUCUGUUUGCACUCUACCUAUAACAUUAAGUCUAGGGCUUUAGUUAAUGAGCCGGCUACAUGACGCGCUACAGCAGGUGGACAAUGUGAAAAAAAGCUAAUAAAAGGAGGGGGUAAUUAAGGUAGAUAUCAGUUUAAACCACGAGAAAUACAUGCACAUUGUGACAAGUAAAACUAUGGCUGAACAGACCUGCACUCUAUUUCUGGAUGGUUGGAUUAAACUGGUUUCCCACAGGAGAAGUUUCUUCCUUGGUUUCUGUGUUUUAAACUUUGUAUUUUCCCUCGUGGCGACUCUAGGAAAUCUUUUUGUCAUCCGCGCCUUAAUGAAGAACUCAACGAUACCAGCUACCGUCAAGAAGCUGUUCCUAAGUCUGGCUUUCUCUGAUCUUGCAGUUGGAUUGUGUUCGCAGCUAAUGACUGCUAUUAUCAGUGCCGUGAUGUUGAAGAUGGCAUCAAGUGAAGACGACGUAGCCUUCUUUUGUCCAACAGUUUUGAUUGUGUUAUUAUAUUUUAUGCAUCUCCUCGCCGUUGCAUCUUUCCUGAAUGUUAUUGUCAUUGCAUUUGAUAGACUUCUCGCUGUUUCGCUCCAUCUGCGAUAUCAGGAGCUUGUCACGCCCACACGUGUUACAAUAGUGUUGGUGUCUUUAUGGUUAACAAGUUGCGUCUCUGCCUUCCUAUAUAUUUGCCUUCUGAAAGGCUUUCCACUGGCUGCGGUUAUUUCCGUUAUAGGAUAUGUUCUGACAACCCUUGCGUAUGUUCGUAUUUACAAAGUUGUCAGAUAUCAUCAGAAUCAGAUAUACGGUCAAAAUCAGCUUCAAAAUGCACCAACAAGGGAGGCACUCAGACAAAGGAAGUCCGCUUAUAAUGCUUUAUUUGUCUAUUUUGUUUUUCUAGUUUGUUGUCUUCCUUUUUUACCCUCUGUAAUAUUGUACUUGAUUAAUACUUCUGAAACUUCGUUUCUCAUAGCCAAAUCUGCGUCGUCAUUCUUAAUUUACCUGAAUUCAUCAUUUAAUCCCAUUGUUUAUUGCUGGCGGUACCGAGAGAUUCGCCAAAUUGUAAAAAGCACAAUGAAGAAAAUACUUCGUUUAGACGAGAAUAUGACGUGAGGAUGCGAAGUUCUACGAGACGAAAUUUGGAGAGAACGAGCAAUUCUAGAAGGAAACUGGGGCGAGUUAACUUUCGCAAAGACUUCUGGGACUAUUACUAGGGAGAAGGGAAAAAAUAACCAAAAAUGAACGCGCUGAUCGACGCGUCCCCACCUGAGUAACAGUCCCAAGAAAAAAUUGCGGGAAAUAUUUCGGCCCUAAUCGUUUUAAAAGUGGCGAAUGGACUUGCUGUGCCCAAAGACCAAGGAAAGGUGUAAACAGGAGAAGAUUGGUCGCUACAAUUGCAAUUGGUCUCUCAAUAGAGACCCUGAAAACAGACACCUUUGAACUAAAUUCCGUCUACGACUUCCACGAAAUGUAAUGGACUUACAGUGGAAAAAGACUAACAUAUAAAAGUGAAUUUCAAUUCAGCAUUUUAAACAUUGGGAUGGAAGGCGGUUUUUGUAAUAACUGCCUACCUAAGAUUGAAUUCUUUAAAACACGAUCUGGUCUCUCCCAAUUGCGAAAAAAGAAGACACCUUUAGGGCACCUACUUAAUGAAACUCAGUUCCCUUUUUCAUGGUCAACUAACUUUUUAAAGAGACAAAUUUAGGAGUUUAUGGACAAAACUGUGUUUGCUACGGCUCAAGAACCUUAGCGUUUACAAGCGUGAUUUUACCGAUUACUUGCAAAGAAUAAGUAACAAUGUGACAAAAUGGCCAUUUUCCAAGCUGUAAUCGAUUUCCAUCCGAGCAAUCGACAGCCAAAGUAGUAGCUUACAGACAGACUGUAUGUCUCCAUUAAAAAAAUGAAGUCUCUCUUCCGCUUGGCCGUGGGAGAUCUGGAUACGAGAUAAGACGCGUCCUACUGUUUGUCGUAAGCUACAGCGGAAGUUGCAAUGUUGAGGCUCUUUAGAGACGAACACAUAUACUCGUUGGCAUUCGAAAAGAGUUUACAAAUAAGCAAGGUCAUUCACAAGUCUACAUUUGAGACAAAUCUCAAAGAAAGACGAAGGAAGACGAAAACAGUCCAUAAUGUUGGGCUCCAGUCCAUUUAUAAAAACCUCAUCGGCUUCCAAGACUAAAAAGCCUCGCUGACUAGACGUCACUUUAAUAACUACUACUGAAACAGGUGCUAAUCGUUUUAAAACUGAAGCAUUGCGUCAAAAUGCUUAAAAUUUAAAAAAAAAUAGAACCAAACAAAAUCCAUCUGUAUUUUAUCAUGUUUCAAAAAUUUCGCUGGACAGUUAAAUUUAGAGGAAAAACUCACCCUUACAACGUUUUAGAAUAAAUUAAACUUCUAUUUUCUAUACCGAGCAUUUGCAAUUAAACAAACGGUUCUUCUCAGCAGGCAACAGCUCACAUGUCAAUUAUGGACAGAGAGGUAAUUGGAACUUUAUGGAAAGGACUAUACAUUGCGGUGUGUAAUAAUUGUUUUGUUUUUAAUACUAGUGUUGCAAAACCUUCCCCUUGCAUUGUUUUCUGGGUUGCCCUUGUUUUAUACAAUUUGAUUCGGUGUUUCAACCCUUCAAAUUUAUACCAACCAUAACACUGGAUUUCUGUUUACACUCGACCUAUAAAAUUAAUUCUGAGGCUUUAGUUAAUAAACUAGCUUUAUUACGCGCUACAGCAGAUGGCCGAUAUGAAAAGUAGCUAAUAAACCGACGGGGUAAUUAAUGUAGAUAUCAGUUUUAUCCACGACAAAUACAUAUUUUAUUUCCAAAAGAAAUUGAACUGGUAACUGCUAUUAUUUCCCUUAUAGGAUAUGGUGUAACUACCGUGGCGUAUGUUCGUAUUUACAAAGUUGUCAGAUAUCAUCAGAAUCAGAUAUACGGUCAAAAUCAGCUUAAAAAUGCCCAAACAAGAGAGGCACACCGACAAAGGAAGUCCGCCUAUAAUAGUUUAUUUGUCUCUGUAGUUUUCUUGGCCUGUUAUUUUCCCUUUUUGCCUUCCACCAUAUUGUAUUCGAUAAGUCACUCUGAAAUUUCAUUUCUCGUAGCUCAUUUUGCGUUUAUAUUCUUGAUUUACCUGAAUUCAUCAUUGAAUCCUUUUGUUUAUUGUUGGCGGUACCCAGAGAUUCGACAAAGUGUAAAAAGCACAGUAAAGCAAAUAUUUCACAUGAACGAGAACAUGUGAUAAGGAAGGAAAUAAAGCUCUCGCUAGUUUGAACUGAAAGUCUUUUUCAGUGUCUUUGCGAAGUCUGGAAAACGAAAUUUAGUAAGAAAACUAACGGACUUGCUUUAGGCCAAAAGAAAAUGAAAAAUGUAAAACAAAAAAGAAUAGUCUAUUACAAAAUGGAAAUGGUGUUGAGAAAUUGGGAAAUGACACAUGACUAGUAAAGUGCUCACCGUUAUAACUUUCACAAAUUUAUCACAGGAACAAAGUUAUGAGGAUAUUGUCAUGUGAUGGUCUAACUGUACUUAGCCCUUUGAGCCGUAAGAUUGAUCAGCGUAAAAGUUCUCCUUGUAAUACCUAUACUUUAGCAAACGGAGUGGUCAUGAGAAUUAUGGACAUGAUCACACAGAUUCUUUAACAACUUCCCCCAACUACUAUUAUAGGAAAUGUUUAGGGACAACAAAUGAGAAUUUGAAUAGACAUUACAAUUUAAAGGGCUAAUAUGUGACAAGUGUAAUUCUUGCACAAAAUGGUCUUAGAUCUUCGCCAAGAAAAAGCAAUUUAAAUUCCACUGACUGAUGUCGGAGACACAAGAACAUGACGAACGUGUCACUUUCAAGAUGCGUAUCAUUUUAUUCUGGGCAAUCAGUUAAUUAGUUUCCAGUCCUUUUUUAGAAACACUACUGGCUUUGAAGACUCAAAAGCCUCUCUGACGACACCUUGAACUAAGGAACAAGUGCUAAAUUUUUUAAACUCAAAGAUUGCUUAAAACAAAAAUCCACCAUUAUUUCAUAUGUGUAAAUCAUUUGCUGGUCGGAUCAAUAAACAGAAAAUACUCGCUCUUUCAACGUUUUAGAAUAAUUUUGCGUUCUAUUUUUAUACUGAUCGUUUCCAAUUACUGAAGCAACUGUUUCCUCUUAGCAGGGAGUAGCUCACAUCUCAAAUAUGGACAGAGAGGUAAUUGGAACUUAAUGGCAAAGGACUAUACAUUACGGUGUUUAAUUGUUUUGUUUUGAAUACUAAUGUCGUAAAACCUUUCCCUUGUUUUCUGAGUUGGCCUUGUUUAUAAUUCGAUUCGGUGUUCUAAACCUUAAAAUUUUGUACCAACAAUAGGAAUUUCGGUACGCACUCUAACUAUAAACAUUGAGUCUAAAGCUUUAGUUAAUGAACCGGCUAUAUAACGUGACACAUGUACAGCAGAUAGCUUUUAUGAAAGGCAGGUAAUUAACCGAGGGGGUAAUCAAUGUAGAUAUUUUACCAAAAAGGAAAAAUUCAUCUAUACAAUUUGACAGGUUAAACCAUGGCUGAACAGGUCUGCACUCGUCCGCUUGAUUUCUUGGUUCAAAUUGUUCAUCACAGAAGAUCUUCCCUCUUUGCUUUUUGUGUUUUAAACUUUGUAUUUUCUGUCGUGGCGACUCUUGAAAAUCUGUUAGUUAUUCGCGCUUUAAUGAAGGCCUCAACGAUACCAGCUACUGUGAAAAAGCUGUUCUUAAGUCUGGCUUUCUCUGAUCUUGCUGUUGGAUUGUGUUCGCAGCUUAUGACCGCUAUUAUCUCCGCCUCGAUAUUGAAGAUGGCAUCAAGUGGAAACAACACAGCCUUCUUCUGUCCAACAGUUUUGAGUGUGAACAGAUACUUUAGGUAUCUUCUCGCCACUGCAUCUUUUCUGGAUGUUAUUGUCAUCGCAUUUGAUAGACUUCUCGCUGUUUCGCUCCAUCUGCGAUAUCAGGAGCUUAUCACACCCAAACGUGUUAAUAUAGCAUUGGUGUCUUUGUGGUUAAUAAGUUGUAUCAUCGCCUUCAUAUUCGUUUUCCUUCCAACACGCAAUGAAGUAGUAACCGCAGCUAUUUUAAUGAUAGGGUAUGUUUUGACCACCGUAGCAUACGUUCGUAUUUACAAAGUCGUCAAAUAUCAUCAGAAUCAGAUAUACAGCCAAAAUCAGCUUCAAAAUGCCCAAACAAGGGAGGCACUCCGACAAAGGAAGUCCGCCUGUAAUGCUAUAUUUGUCUAUCUUGUUUUUCUAGCUUGUUAUCUUCCUCUUUUUCCUUCAGCAAUACUGUAUAUGACAAAUACUUCCGAAAUAUCGUUUAUCGUAGCUUAUUACGCAUCGUUAUUCUUGAUCUUCCUCAAUUCAUCAUUAAAUCCUCUUGUUUAUUGCUGGCGGUACAGAGAAAUUCGCCUAAGUGUAAAAAGCACAGUGAAGAAAUUAUUUCACAUGAACGAGAACGUGACAUGAGAAACGAUUUAAAGCUUCGGAUGGUUUGAACUGAAAGUCUUUCCAGUGUCUUUUGCGAGGUCUGCAAAACGAAAUAUGGUAAGGAAACCAAUGGACUUAUUUUGGUGCAAAGAAAAUAAGAAAUGUAAAACGAAACAGAAUAUUCUGUUAGAAACUGGAACUGGUGUUGAUAAAUUGUGAAACGAGAUCUGGCUAAUAAACUUCUCAACAUUCCCAACGGUUCCACGCCGGCAUAUAUGUGAAGUCUGUCAUCCGUUGCAGUUACUCACUCAUAAUCCCUUGCCACUUCGAGGAACAAUCAUACAUGAUAUACAUUUAAACGAUAUGUUCAUAUACUUUACAUAAAAGCAAGGCAAGACUCUUAUUUUUUCCAAAUUUUAGCCUUAAUAAAAACGCAACCUACUGUCUAAAGGUUUCAGAAAAGAUGGAUCGAAUCUACAGCAACCUGAUUGGCUGCCAAAGAGCCAAUCAAACCGCACCAUUUUCGAUCCUCCAAACGAUCCAGGGUGCAUGUAUAAACGCCUACCAAAUCACAGCUAACAAUACGGAAUGGUUCACAGUUCACCUCAACCAUCCAACUACAUAGCAACUGAUGCGAAUCGUAAGAUUCCAAACCGCGGUUUUGCUAGUAAACUUAUAUUUAACUCAUAUAUUAUGUAGUAGCACAAAGAAGCCAGUCAGUUGAUCGGUAAACAAAGUAAAUGCUAUGGUAUUUUAAAUAUCGAGCUUUUAAAUACUGUCCUCCAAUAAACUACAGUCAAAUUCACAAAGCGAUUGAGUAAAAAAACGACAUUCAAAGGACACAGCAUUAUAACGUAUUUAAAUAAUGCUUCCAGCAAAGGUGCGAUAAAUACCCAGAGUCUGAUUUGGACAUAUUUAAAGAAUGUAUGCUGUGCCCAGCUAAACAUCGUGCUGUGAAGUCGCGUAAACCUCAACUGUUCGGAGAUAUUAAAAGCGGAUACUUAAGAUGACAGAAGCUAUGGAAAAUGAUCGUAAUUACUUUCACGCGAUUUUAGGCAGACAUAUCUUAUAAAACGGACAAAAAAAUUCAACAGAAAGCACACAAACUGAAUAAAUUGUCUGUUGCAUUUUUUCUCUGCUGCGUAUAUAUAGAAUGCACUGAGCCUUUCUUUGGUCGGCUUUAUAAAAGCUGUAUCAACUUAACAGGCAUAACAGCCCACCUAUCGUAGAGCUUUUAAAGUGUAAAAUCCCUGAAAGAUUUCUCCUCUCUGGCUCCGCUAGCCCCUAUAGUUAUUCCAGGCAGCCAGUACUCUAAUUUUACUUUUAAUAUUUUCAUUGUCGUAAUUAAGUGUUAAGCAAGAGUGAGACCAAAUAAAGACUGUUGUUGUUAUUGUCCUCAUUGAAGCAAUAUGUAAAAGGUUUUCAUAGGUUUCACGCCGGUGAAGAUGUGCGGUCUGUCACCCCUUACAGUUUUUACUAUAAGGAUUUUGUCAUGUGAUGGCCUAACUGUGCUUAAUCCUUUAAGGCCUAAGAAUGAUCAGCAUCAAAUUUCUGCUAGUAAUAUACAGGGUUGUUAUGAGAAUUAGGGACAUGAUGACACAGAUUCUUUAACAACUUCUCCAAACUACUAUUAUAGCAAACCUGUAGGGACAACAAAUGAGAAUUAAAGGGUUAAUAUGUGACCAAGUAGAUUAGUUCUUGCACAAAAUAGUCUUUGACCUUCGCCAAGAAAAAGCAUUUCAAAUUCCACUAUCUGAUUUCGGAGACAUAAGAACGUGACGAACGUUGAUGUUACAAUACUGUUAGUAUCUGUGUGGAUAAUAAGUUUCGUCCUCGCCUUCCUAUUUAUUUUCUUUCCAAACGAAAUUGAGAUGGUAGCUGUGGUUAUUUGCCUUAUAGGAUAUGUUGUAGCGACCAUGUCAUGUGUUCGAAUUUACAACGUUGUCAAAUAUCAUCAGAAUCAAAUUUACAGUCAAAAUUAGCUUCAAAAUGUCCAAACAAGAGAGGCACACGGACAAAGGAAGUCCGCCUACAAUAGUUUAUUUGUCUCAGUAGUUUUUUCUACUUGUUAUUUUCCUUCUUUUCCUUAUACAAAACUGUUGGAGACAAAUACUUCUGAAAUUUCGUUUCUCGUAGCCAGAUAUGCCUCCGUGUUCUUAAUUUGCCUGAAUUCAUCAUUAAGUCCAAUUGUUUAUUGCUGGCGGCACCGAGAGAUUCGCGAAAUUGUAAAAAACACAGUGAAGAAAAUAAUUUGCAUGAACGAGAAUAUGACAUAAGAAAAGACCUUAACCUCGGGAUAGUUUUAACUAAAAAUAUAAUGCAAAGUUUUUUAAGAAAAGAAGUAAGAAAAUGCAACGGACUUGCUAUGCUACAAAGACUAAGGAAACGUGUGAAAGGGAAAGACUGGCCUAUUCGAUAUCGGAAUUGGUCUCGCUGGAAAGAGAAACAAAAAGACACCUCUGAUCUUAAUUCCUUCCACAACUUCUACGAAAUGGAAUUAAGCAAGAAAGCCAAUAGACUUGCAGCGCAAAAGGACCAUGAAAACAUAUAAAGUGAAUUUCAAUGUAGCAUUUUAAACAUUGGUUUGCAAGGCGAUUUGUUGUAUUAACUACCUACCUAAACUUGGUCUCUUCGAAAUUGGAUCUGGUCUCUGUGAAUUGCGAGACAAGAAGACGCCUUUAGAGCAUUUAUGUAAUGAAACUCGGCUGUGUUUUUCAUCGACAAAUAACUUUUUACAGAGAGAAACUUAAAAGCAUUUUUCCCCUUUAACGCUAUGGCGAAAGAACCUUAUCGUUUUCAAGAAAUAUCCUUACAACCGUGACUGUACCGAUAACUGCCAAAGAAUAAGUAACAAUGUGACAAAAUGGUCAAUUCUCAAGGUGUAAUCGAUUUCAAUCCCAACAAUCGCCAGUCAAAGUAGUUGUUUACAACUGUAUGCAUGUCUCCAUUAAAAAAAGUGAAGUCUCUCUUUCGCUUGGCCGUGGGAAAUCUGGGUACGAAAUAAGACGCGUCCUACGACGUACGCCUACAGCGGAAGUUGCAAUCUUAACACUCUUCAGAGACGAACACAUACGCUCGUUGGCAUUCGAAAAGAGUUUACAAAUAAGCAAGGUCAUUUGGAUUCGCUGUGCGCUAUUCCUAUCAUUUGAGAGAUAUGUCAAAAAAAGACAAAGGAAGACGAAACAAUCCAAAUAAAAAUGUUAGGCUCCAGUCCAUUUAUAAAAACCUCACCUGGUUGGAAAACUAAAAAGCCUCGCUGAGCGGGCAUCACCGUCAACUACGAAAUGGGCGCUAAACUUUUCAAAACUGAAACCUUGUGUCAAAAGUUUAAAUAAAAGAAUAGAACUAAACAAAAUCCAUCUGUAUUUUACUAUGUUGCAAAAAUUUCGCUCCCCUUCAACGUUUUAGAAUGAAUUAAAAUUCUAUUUUCUAUACCGAGCAUUUGCAAUUUUAAAAACAAACGGUUCUUCUCAGCAGGUAACAGCACACAUGUCAAUUAUGGACAAAGAGGAAAUUGGAACUUGAUGGAAGGACUAAAUAUUGCGGUGUGUAAUAAUUGUUUUGUUUUUAAUACUAGUGUUGCAAAACCUUCCCCUUCCAUUGCUUUCUGGGUUGGCCUUGUUUUAUACAAUUUAAUUCGUUGUUUCAACCCUUGAACAAUGACAUUAAAUUUUUGUUUACACUCUACCUAUAACAUCAAGUCUAAGGAUUUAGUUAAUGAACCGGCUUUAUUAGGCGCUACAGCAGAUGGCCCAUGUGAAAAGUAGCUAAUAAACCGAGGGGGUAAUUAAUGUAGAUAUCAGUUUUAUCCAAGACAAAUACAUGUAUGCAAUGUGACAAGUCAAACUAUGACUGAAAAGAACUGCAAUCGAUUUCUGGAUUAUUGGAUUAAACUAGUUUCCUACAGGAGAAGUUUCUUCCUUGGUAUCUAGGUUUUAAACUUUGUAUUUUCCCUCCCUUCAUAAUGCCCAAACAAGAGAGGCACACCGACAAAGGAAGUCCGCCUACAAUAGUUUAUUUGUCUCCCGGCAGUAGUUUUUCAGCGUGUUGUUGUCCUCAUUCGAGCAAUAUGUAAAAGCUUUUCAAAGGUUUCACGUCAGUGAAGAUGUGUGGCCCGUCACCCUUUACAGUUUUUACUAUGAGGAUUUUGUCAUGUGAUGGCCUAACUGUGCUUAACCCUUUAGGCCCUAAGAGUGAUCAGCAUCAAAUUUCUCCUAGUAAUAUCCCUGCCGUAGAAAACAAGGUUGUUAUGAGAAUUAGGGACAUAAUCACACAGAUUCUUUGACAGCUUCUCUCGACUACUAUUAUCAUGAGGAAACGUAUGGGAACAACAAUUGAGAAUUUGAAUUUUAAUAUUACAAUUUAAGGGACUAUUAUGUGACCAACUAGAUAAGUUCUUGCACUAAAUGGUCUCAGAUCUUCGCCAAGAAAAACCAUUUUAAAUUCUAAUAACUUAUGUCAGAGACACAAGAAAGUGACGAACGUGUCCCUUUCAGUUCCAUAUUUAUACACUGGAAUCCUGAUUUUUGUGCAUUUAGUGGGGAAGAGCUUACAAACGAGUAAGGUUAUUGGGCUCGCUCUGCGCUAGUCCAUUCAGACUACAUAACACCGUUGUGAGUCCCCAUUUGAGGCUAAUUAGUUUCCAGUCCUUUUUUAAAAACAUCACCAGCUUUGAAGACUCAAAAGCCUAGCUCACGACACCUUGAACUAAGGAACAAGUGCUAAUUUUUUCAAAGUGAAAAAUUGGUUAAAAACAAAAAUCCACCAUUAUUUCAUAUGUGUAAAUCAUUUUCUGAUCGGAUCAAUAAACAGAAAAUACUCGCUCUUUCAACGUUUUACAAUGAUUUCACGUUCUAUGUUUAUACUGAUCGUUUCCAAUUAAGCAACUGUUUCCUCUUAGCGGAGUAGCUCACAUCUCAAAUAUGGACAGAGAGGUAAUUGGAACUUAAUGGCAAAGGACUAUAUAUUACGGUGUUUAAUUUUUUGUUUUCAAUAAUAAUGUCGUAAAACCUUUCCCUUGUUUUCUGAGUUGGCCUUGUUUACAAUUCGAUUCGGUGUUUUAAACCUCAAAAUUUUGUACCAACAAUAGGAAUUUCGGUAUGCUCUCUAACUACAAACAUUGAGUCUAAAGCUUUAGUUAAUGAACCGGCUAUAUAACGUGUCACGGCAGAUGGCUGUUAUGGAAGGUAGCUAAUGAACCGAGGGGGUAAUCAAUGUAGAUAUUUUACCAAACCGUAAAAUUCAUCUAUAUAAUUUGACGGGUUAAACCAUGGCUGAACAGUUCUGCACUCGGUUGCUUCAUUCCUUGGUUCAUCUUGUUCAUCACAGAUCUUCCUUCCUUUCUUUUUGUGUUUUAAACUUUGUAUUUUCCGUCGAGGCGACUCUUCAAAAUCUGUUAGUUAUUCGCGCCUUAAUGAAAGCCUCAACGAUACCAGCUACUGUGAAAAAGCUGCUCCUAAGUCUGGCUUUCUCUGAUCUUGCAGUCGGACUGUGUUCGCAGCUUAUGACCGCUAUUAUCAGCGCCUCGAUAUUGAAGAUGGCAUCAAGUGGAAACAACACAGCCUUCUUCUGUCCAACAGUUUUGGGUGUGAAAAAUUACUUUAUACAUCUUCUCGCCUCUGCAUCUUUUCUGAAUGUUAUUGUCAUCGCAUUUGAUAGACUUCUCGCUCUUUCGCUCCAUCUGCGAUAUCAGGAGCUUAUCACACCUAAACGUGUUAAUAUAGCAUUGGUGUCUUUGUGGUUAAUAAGGUGUAUCACCGCCUUCAUAUUCGUUUUCCUUCCGACGAGCAAUGAAAUAGUAGGCGCAGUUAUUUUAAUGAUAGGGUAUGUUUUGACCACCGUAGCAUAUACUCGUAUUUACAAAGUCGUCAAAUAUCAUCAGAAUCAGAUAUACAGCCAAAAUCAGCUUCAAAAUGCCCAAACAAGGGAGGUACUCCGACAAAAGAAGUCUGCCUAUAAUGCUAUAUUUGUCUAUCUUGUUUUUCUAGCUUGUUAUCUUCCUUUUUUGCCUUCAACAACACUGUACAUGACAUAUACUUCUGCAAUUUCGUUUUUCAUAGCUUAUUACUCAUCGUUAUUCUUGAUGUUCCUCAAUUCAUCAUUAAAUCCUCUUGUUUAUUACUGGCAGUACCGAGAAAUUCGCCAAAGUGUAAAAAGCACAGUGAAGAAAUUAUUUCACAUGAACGAGAACGUGACAUGA